AUGGCUAGUGGUAAAUCGACUCGCUAUGUAUACACGUACCUUCAUGGAAUGUUCAGUGGGCCUCAUUCACGUAAAGGGCAGCUGCUCAGCGAGUACCUGCGCCAGCACGGUCAAUACCUGCAUCAACCAAAUUUGAACAAUGCAGACGCGGUUCCACUGAGAAUAUCCGCAGCCAUGGACGUCCUGCACAAGUUUUACCAGGACAAUAAAUUGCAAGUUGCACCGACAAAUGCCGGACCGAUUACUCACGGAGCGUCGCAGCAUGACGUCAGGCUGCGCAUCGUUGCCUCGAGUUACGGUGGUUAUCUGGCGGCGCGCUUUGCACAUCUCCACGACGAGUGUGUAGACAGUCUGAUUCUGCUCUGUCCGGCGUUCAAUCCCAACUUCCACUUCCGUCACGUGUUUGGAGAGAUACGCUGGGCAGCGUUUGAGCGCACCGGCCAGAUGGAGAUGCAGACGGGAAUGCGUCCGCACGGGGCAGCAGUCAGUGAGACCGGUUGGUACGCCGUACAGUGUCCAUACUCUAUCUUUGAAGACGCUCGCGAUAACCACCCGCCGUUCCCGCUGGUGACUUGCCCAACACACAUCGUACACGCGUCUCGUGACCGCGUCAUUUCGCCGCACUCCUCGCAGGAGUACGUGGACGAGCAUAGGCGGCAGCUCGGUUUCCAUGACAAAGAUGGCCGACCGUGGCCGCUGCGCCGCGAGACGGUGGAUGACGAUCACUUCAUGACGUCGCCGACGUCUACUGCACGUAUUCGUGCCGUCGUCAAUGCCAUGUGGAAGAUUGACAGUGCUUCGUAA